AUGCGAAAAUUGGUCGACGAAGCUUCAAGACUUGCACAACACUCUACAGCCAGCCAGCUAGUCUCUCUCUACGUUAACUCCUGCCUCUUGGCUUCGGCUGGACUCGACUCUGGUGUCAUUAUAGUGAGGUAUAUGCAUGGGUUUUCCUCCUUUUGCCACUUUUUCGAUAUUUCUCGUAUAAAGAAAAUUUCAGUUUGGUUUUGUGUGUUGGCAUGAUAGUGACGACGAAGACGACGAAGAAAGUGAUCGAAAUCGAUGUGAAUCAAAACCGAUACUUUUAGUUGAAAAUUAAAACCCAGUUAAGAUUUUACGGAAUAAGGAGACAGUGAGACAGACGUUAAAAAUACCAUAAAUAACCGGAAGAUGAAGACUCAGUCAAGUAAUACAAUCAGUUAAAAGAAAACUAACUCCGAGGAAAAUUCUGAUAAUCGAAACAGUUUUCCGAAGGUAACGACAUUACGUAAAAUCCGUCAGCCGAGAAAAAGUGUAUGAGUAACGAGCGACCGUGUAUUCUGGGCCUUACUUGAGCGAAUUACUCAUAUCUGUUACAUAAUAAAGAAUUCUGCUGUCCAUCGGCUCUAAAUCAACUUGAGUGGUCAAACUUUGGCGGCGUCUUGAGAAUUGAGAUCAUUGUCGGGUCCGCAGUCACUAUCAACUGGAACUGUGAACUUUGUCAGUUGGGAUUUUAAAUUAUCUUUUAUGAGAAAGUUGCGUGCCAAUCGCCCAGUGGAGUAGCUUCACCGAAUUUCGACCGUUCGACGAGUGCAUACUUUUAAACGUUAGGAAAUAAACGCGUAGUGAUGUCAUAACUUACAAUAAAAAAUUAGCAGCAAUAAAGAAAUUGUGCUCAACUGGAAGAGGAAGCCCAGUCGCUGAAUUACCUAAUAUUUGAUCAAUAUUCGGAAGGAAGUAUCCGUUUUCAGUAACGACUAAUUGGCGAGCUGGCUAGGAUGUCACAAAUAUCUCAACGGAUUUUAAUUUUAGCUGGAGUUUUAACCGUGCUCAGUUUUAAAGGUGCACUGGGCAUAAUGUGCUAUCAUUGUAAUAGCGAAUUUGAUCCAAGGUGUGGUGACCCAUUUGAUGAUUAUUCCUUAGGACACCUGAAUUGCAGUAUGAAACCAUCUCCUGAUCACUUACAAAACCCCGAGGCGGUAGUAUGCCGGAAAAUCACUCAAAAGGUUUACGGCAAAACUCGUGUUCUACGUGACUGUGGUUACAUUCGUGACGACCGAGACGAUAGGGAGUGCGUCAAGCGUCUUGGAACCCACGAUGUCCAGGCCCUCUACUGUGCCUGUACAACCGACCUGUGCAAUAGUGCCCCAACAACAAUAUUAUCCAAUAAAGAUAGUAACAUAUUUAUGAAAGCACUGCCUCUAGCUUUAACUGUAAUUCUAUUAAUUUUAACACGUAGCCUUAAUAUCAAAUCAACUAAUUUAUAAAUUUUUCCAUUAUCAUUUCUCAUAUCUUUACAGCUGUAAUAUUUAAAGUAUGUAAACGAUCAAAUAGUAAAAGGAAAACCAUCAAAGAAAACUAAAUAAUGAAAACGGAAAGGUAAAGGAAGAGGAAAAUAUGAUACUCGUAGGUAUGGGGAGCUAAAAAUUAAAAAAAGAUAAAACUUAAAGAGAGAUAUUGUCUUCUAACAAGACGAUAUGUCGAAUAAAA